AUGCGGAGUCUUUGCUGCUCCCAGCUUCUGCUGCUGCUUCUGCUGCUGAGAGGUGAGUGGUGGCCCGGGAGGGAUGUGUUUGUACAUGUCACAGGUGGGAAGACUCCUUGGUCUUUUGCCUGAAGAAGAUUGCCUGCUUGCCUGGACCUUCAGUUCCUGCCUUUGGAAGGAAAAAGCCUGGGUUCUAUGGGAGGGGAAUGUGUGUGUGAGAGAGAGUCUAAUGGGGAGGUGGAGUGAUUGGGGAGCAAGGAUGUUUUAAGAGGACAAUGAGUCACAAGAAGGGACCUAGGAGAUUGGACUCCUGGGUUCUAUCUGAAGAUGGGGUUAGCUGAGGAUUCCCCCCACCCCCAGUGGAUUAGACCAGGGCAGCCUGGGAGCUGAAAAGUCUAAAUUAUAUUCUCGGUUCUAAGUAUUAUUGUUGUUGUUAUCAUUAAUAUUAUUAAUUCGAUUUCUUCCUUGCCUUUCACUAUACGAUCCCAGGGAGGGUGGAAGCAAUUUAAAAUUCAUUACGAAAAACUGUUUAGAACACAUUAUCCUUUUGGGGCUACUGUGCCUUUUUAUCUACUACACAGCUGGCAAAAGUUCAACAGGUGUAGCUUUUCUUCAGGUAAGGAAGCACCAUGACACAGAAGAUUUCAUCUGUAUGAUUUCUGUCUGCCAUUUGGUUUUCAAACCAGGACCCCAACCAGAAUACAGGGAGCAAUCCUAAAUCUGGGAGGUGUGUGUGUGCGCGCGCACACAAAUGGGUGUACCCUAGAGUUUGGAAUCAGGAGGGAUCUUGAUGUUCUCCCUCAUAGCCAUUAAAUGCACAACAUUUUGGAUUUUCCUUCUAUCAUAUGAUAUUCUGGUAACAAACAUUCAGCUGGACAGAAACAGUUUGUACCUCUCAGGUCCUGGGGGAGUUUUGGGUUACCUUUCUGCUCGCAUUUCUGUAAUGGAAUGCUGCGGAGAUUGAAGUUGCUGGUUAUCGCACCUUAGAAACAGAUCCAUUGCAGUGCUGAACAAGAAAUCUCAUUUAGGCACUCCUCUGUAGCUUUUAUUAGCCUGGACAUGCUAUGCUCCAGACACAGCAACAAUUUCUCCACUGGCUAGGUUUGGCAUUCCCAUGUGCUCAUUAUAGAAAUGUGCUUGGUGAGUCAAUGCAAAGCCUGACUGUUUGAGCACUCUGUCUUCUUAAGCCCAUAGUCUCUGCUCUUCUGACUGCAUAUUUUCUUCUUCUUUUUACAGGUGCUGAAAACACUGCAGCUCAAAAAGGUGAGAAAACACACCUGGAAAAUAAUAGUCAGACCUAAUAAUAGGAUGAUAACUGGCUUGGGUUGAGAGGGGAUAGAAAAGUUAAGGGGCACGUAGCAAGUGAUGUACAACUUAAAACUGUCACACGGUUUAUCUCUAUUGAACUUUGGCUCUAGUUCCUUUGCCUUCUUCUGUUUUCCCUCUGUUGAAUUAUAUAUUGUAAGCUCCUUGGGGCAAGGACUUGCCUUUCUGUAGUCUGUAAAACAUGUGUACAGAUCUCUUUCUCUCGGCACACAGACACACUUCAUUUAAGGUGGUGGGGCAGGUUACAUCAAGAGAAGAAUAAAUUAUAAACAAAAUAUAGCAUAUAAACAUAUUUAAUAUAAUGCUUUAUUCAGUGCUUUUCCCCUAGAAAAAUAGGUGCAGGUACUCACUAUGAAGUUGUUACAAUAAGUGCCACACAUUUUAACAACAACAAAAAAAGAGGUGCCAGUACUGUGUACCCUUGAGUACCCCCUGGAAAAAAGCACUGGUUUUAUUCUUCUUUCCCUCUCAACUCCUUCCCUGCUUUGUGUAAUGACUCUUGCCUGAUGAAGAGUUCUGGAAAACUUUAUCUAGUAUCAACAGGGAUAUUCCUAACUACCUGAGUCUCCUCCUUAAUUCUCUCUCUCUCUCUCUCUCUCCUUUUUAAAAGGGAAGAUUAUGGUGGGUACAGUCAAUGGCAACUAGCAUACCAGCUCCACCAGUUAGCAUAGUUUCAUGUGCUUCAUUCUACAGAACGAUGGGAAGGAAACACAUGCAUAAGAAGACAGGUUGAAACUCUGCUCUGGGUUCCUCACCACCCACAUACAAUUGGUUUUCCUCCAUGGAGCCUCUCUCUCUCUCUCUCUCUCUCUCUCUCUCUCUCUCUCUCACACACACACACACACACACACAUUCCUCCCAUAAACAGAAGAGGAAUCAGGACGGGCUGUGUGUGGGAAUCAGGAGGGGCUGUGUGUGGAUGUUGUGUAGCUUAUGGGUGCAUUAAGUGAACAUGUUUGAGAGCACAUAAUACCUAUUGGGAGAAGUACAAAAUGUUUUCCCCAUGAACUCCUCAUCACCCGUAUUUUCCUAUGAAAUCCCCUUAUUUACAUAUCUGACACUGUGUGUGACCUAAUAUUUACCACACACCUACAUCAAACGAUUCAAUCUACACCUAGUCGCCCACAUACCUUCUGCAUCUCUCUCUCUCUCUCUCUUCCCACAACAGCCAUGAUUUUAUUUUGUGUUUUGCAUAAUUUGUUUUGCAUUAAUUACUUGCAGUCAGAAACCACCCUGCCCUUUAGACUUUGGACAGGUGCCAACAUGUGUAAAAAUUUAAGACAUGAAAAACUUGUACCAAACCACCAGACAAAAUUGCCUUAUUAAAACACCUUCCGUAUGAUGCUUGGGCUCUGUUUACAUUGAGUCCCCAGCGGAAGAGGAUUCCAAACAAUCAGACAAAAUUGCCUUAUUAAAACAACUUCUGGAGGGUGCUUGGGCUCUGGCUAUGGUUAUGGUGAGUCCCCAGCAGAAGAGAAUUCCAUAGCUAUGGAACAGUGACUAAAAACAUCUGUCUACAUUACUAUGUGGUUCCUACCUGGUGCAGAGAGGCAACGUUUAAAAAUGUUUCCGUGUGCAUCAUUUAUUCCGUCUCCAAUCCAUCCAUCUGUCUAUCACGCAUACACAUGGGAUGCGGGUGGCACUGUGGUCUAAACCACUGAGCCUCUUGGGCUUGCCGAUAAGAAGGUUAGUGGUUCGAAUCCUUGCAAUGGGGUGAGCUCCCAUUGCUCUGUCCCAGCUCCUGCUAACCUAGCAGUUCAAAAGCAUGCCAGUGCAAGUAGAUAAAUAGGUACCACUCUGGCAGGAAGGCAAAUGGCUUUUCUAUGUGCUCUGGUUUCCGUCACGGUCUUCUGUUGUGCCAGAAGCAGUUUAGUCAUGUUGGCCACAUGACCCAGAAAGCUGUCUGCAGACAAAUGCUGGCUCCCUCGGCCUGAAGCAAGAUAAGUGCCGCACCCCAUAGUCGCCUUUGAAUGGACUUAACCAUCCUGGGGUCCUUUACCUUUACCUCAUAGUCAUACUUCUACAUUUUCCAUCUGUAUAUAAAAUUCUUCCCGUUCAUUAAUUUCCCCAUUCUUUCCCAUGCACACACAUUCAUUUUCCUCUCUGUUUGUCUAGCUUUCUCCCUCCCUCUUCCUUGCACUCUUCCUCCAGCUGUUCCUCUUUCCGCUCAUCCAAUAUCUAUCUAAUUACAGAUAUCACUACUCAUAUCUAAUUGCAGAUAUUACUACUCAUAUCUGCCUAAUCGUUCUGCUAUAUACACAUUAUGAUUGAUUUGGCUUUGCCAACAGUGUUUCAUUAUCUGGAGUGAAAAAGAAUUGGAGGUCUGCAAAGUUAUACUGAAUAAAUUUUGGAAAAAAUAUAUAUGUGAAAAAUGCAUUCUAUCUUAUCAUCCUCUCAUCAAUGGCACCGGUACAGUUAGCAAAUUUUUAGACUGUGGACUUAAAGGUCUUGUGCGGGGGCCCCUCUUUAGAUGGUAAUGUGUAUGACUUCGGUUACAUCAAAAAGUGGUAAGCCAGCCCCACUGUGAUCAGAGACCUCACCUGCUUUGGGGUGGGGCUGAGCUUCUGCUCCAAAGUCCAGGGGGUUAGUCUUGACAUAGUGAAGUGGGACUGGGCUGCUUGCCCAGACGUUCUGCCCUGAUGCCAUCACUGAUUGGGGAUUAAGAAUUCUGUGCCAAUUGGCAAUGCCCCCCUUUAAUUUGGUUGGUUUGCAGUUGCCCGGAAACAUCUGAUCUUGUUGUGUGUAUGUGUGAGCGGGGGUUUAAUGCAUCCAACAACAGAAGAAGCCUUUCUGCAGACCUACCCUUUAAAAAUUAAAGGCACCAACAGGGAGCCCCAUUUGCAAAGAAACAACCAGGAGCUCACUUAAAAUUGCCAAUUGCUCUUUGGUAGCAGCAUCCUUACCUGUCCCACACUCAAGGUAAAGGUGUGGGGCAGGUGGGUGUUUGUGGGGGACCUGUGCUAUUCCCAUGUCCUGGAGGUUCCCCAACGCUGCUUGAAAGAUGACAAUAAUAUUUCAAGGCAACAUUGUGUGGCUUGCAUGUGAUAUGGAGUGGCAGUGAACACACUUACCUGGCGGGGUUCAUUAACCAUACCUCUGCUCUUCCAUCUGCUUUUCUGCAGCCUGUGGCCGACCCAUAGUACACUCCCCUCGGAUCGUUGGGGGGCAGAAGGCUGAGGAAGGUGAAUGGCCAUGGCAGGUCAGCAUACGAGAAAACAGGCUACAUGUGUGUGGUGGAAGCCUCAUCUCACCCCAGUGGGUGGUGACAGCUGCUCAUUGUUUUGAAGGGUGAGCAGAAAAUGUCUUUUGUCUUCUACGAAGGGAUGGGGGAGCAAUUUGAUUCAGCCUGCGUUUAAAGUGACCCCAAUGCAGUACUAGGUGGAGGGAGAGACAGAAUCAGGGUCAGGGUCAGUGGCCCAACCGCAUGUUGCCAAAUACCAAAAUGGCAUAAUAAUUUGUAAACUGGGAUUUUCAAACUGAAACCAGUAGAACUUACUUUCUUAUGUCCCAUUGAUUCGAAUGGCUUUACUCUAGGCAAGACCAAAGCUGGAUCCAACCUGCAAUCUUUUGUAAACCAGAAAUAUGGUUUCUGAUAAGAAACAGUUUCUGGGAUUGGUUAUGAGGAUCUCUUUUAAUCAGUGCUCAGUAAAAAAAGAAUUGAGGUGCCAGUAGUCGUAUCUUGAAAAAAAUGCUGGUUUCUAUGGGCAGCAAAAAAGAGAUGGCAGUGCAACACUGAUGUUAAUUACUGAGUCAGUAAACAGUAUCAAGUGCAAAUUGUUGUUAUAUAGUACGUCAACAAAGUACAGAGUUAUCUCUACCAUGCUGCCAAACCGGAUCAACUUUUCCUUGAUUGUUUGGUGUUUAAAUGGUUUUUAGGCUUAUGCUUUAUAUGUUGUGGUGUAGUGGUUCAAGCAGCUGCUAAGCCAAGCAGUCCAAAUAUUAAUUUAGCUAAGAACUUGAUGGAUAAGCUAGUGAUUCCCUCAGCCUUGGCCUCUUGUCUACCUCAAAGGGUUGUUUUAAGCAUUACUGGGAGAAUAUAUGUGAAGCACUUUUAUAAAAGCUAAGUACUCUUCAAAUACUUCAAAAACGUGCACUCAUUUAAUACACCUUUGACUGCUGAAUUACCAUACUCAUAAGGACCAUAUAUCAUAAGGAGCCACCUUAUUUUUGUGAUUGUAAGUUGUUUCAAACUGUUUAUAAUAUUGUGUUUUAAUGUUGUGACCUACCCUGAGACCAUAGGGUGCAGGGUGGGCAAUAUAUAAACAAACAAAUAAGCAAUUGUUCCAUUUUCACAUUUAUUUGCAAGUAAAUCUCACUGAAAUCAUUGGGACUUAGUUCUGAGUCAACUUGACUGUGAUCAAUCAGGCAUAAAUGUUUUUCAGCAUAUAAAGUGUUUUACUAUUAUUAAUCCAUCCUAGCCUCACAACUACAUGUGAGAUGGAUUAGGACGAACAGUAGUGCCUUUCCAAAGGCUUAACUAAGUAACCUCUUAACUGAGGAAGGCAUCAAGCUCAGGCCUUCUCCCUGCAGAUGGCACUGAUUUUUCUUGACUCCCACCACAGGUCGCUGAAUCCAUUUCGGUACCGAAUUCACCUGGGAGAAUAUGAGCUCCCCAAACCAGCACACACCAUGGUCCCUGCUCAUGUCAGCCAGAUCAUAGUGCACCCGUAUUAUGCUGGAAAUGGGCUCAGCGCUGACAUUGCACUGGUACGGCUGGAGGAGCCGGUGAAUUUCUCUCGGACCAUUUUGCCCAUCUGCCUGCCCAAUGCUUCAGACCCUGAUGCUUUCCCUGUGGGGAUGUCAUGCUGGGUCACUGGCUGGGGUGACCUCUACCCAGAAGGUAAGCAUGAAUCUGCUCAUUCCGGGGUGUAUUUAUAGGAGAUGGUGUUGCUUCGGGGGUUGGCUGGUGGUGGAGGAUUAUGGGAUGGAACAGAGCAGGGAGUGCAGGAUGUGUUAGGAACUAGUUUUGAAAUAGGAAACUGGAUAAACAAAAUGUAAUAGUCUCAACUGUAAAAUCAUAACCAAGAAGGUGGAACUAGGGGCCAGGACACCUAUUCCUUUUGGCCAUUGGAUAUUGACAAAUGGCUUUUUGUAAGGGGGAGGGACGAUUUCACAUAUAGGGAAUCUCAUGUACAGGUGACAAAUGUCCUCCAGGGUCAGAUAUACACUCACAGUUUUUAAUGUUAAGGAAGGGUUAAGGAAUUGUUUUGAUAAUGUAGAUGGACACAUGACGUCCUACUUUUUACAUUCAUAAUGCAUUACAGUGGUACCUCAGGUUAAGUACUUAAUUCGUUCCGGAGGUCUGUUCUUAACCUGAAACUGUUCUUAACCUGAAGCACCACUUUAGCUAAUGGGGCCUCCCACUGCUGCCGUGCCACCGGAGCACGAUUUCUGUUCUCAUCCUGAAGCAAAGUUCUUAACCUGAAGCACUAUUUCUGGGUUAGCGGAGUCUGUAACCUGAAGCGUAUGUAACCUGAAGCGUAUGUAACCUGAGUUACCAUUGUAUUGCCUCGUCUUUUUUAUUGCUUACUUUUUAAUCGUUUUAUGCUGCUAUAUCAGAGGGUGGAGCAGAGCAACCAGCAGCAAGGAAAGAAACAGUGUUUUAGAAAAUAGUGUGGAUGGGUAUUACUUGCAUUUGACCCCCCGAAAAGGGAAGAAACAUUUUAAUUAACAAGGAUGCCCUUGAACAUUUUAAUUAACAAGGAUGCCCUUGAACAUUUUAAUUAACAAGGAUGCCCUAGAACAACAAAUCUAAUAUCGUUCUAAUAGGGGGGAAUAACAUUAAACAGGCCAGUGUAGAUCCAGCCCAGGUAUCUCUGUCUGGCUCUCAGGACCCUCCCCAGCCACAUGCCCUCUGGAGCCACAGCCUUCACCUGCCCUGCAUUGCACCUUCCUUGAGUGUUAUUGCCUGGCUGGAAUAUGUUCUCAGACUUUGUUAAUGCUUCUUACUUGCCUGAGUGGAGGAUAGAGAGGGAUGGGUCAGUUUGAAGAAGCUAGCCUGCCGUACAAAGGGAAAAUUCAGCUUUGAACCCUCUGCCCACUUUUGCAUGUGUUCCCACUCACCAUCUUGGAGGUGGCCUCAGAGGGAAUGUGGCCCUUGCAGGGAACAAUAUUCCCCACCUUGGGGUUCAGGGAGUCCUUCUGGUCAAACUCUUAUAUGUACUGAAUCAUUUAAGAACUCCUUGGAGAAGUGACAACCAUAUGUCAGGAGUGCUCUGAUGGUGUUUCCUGCUUGGCAGGGGGUUGGACUCGAUGGCCCUUGUGGUCUCUUCCAACUCUAUGAUUCUAUGAUUCUAUGAUUCUAUGAUGUCUCACUUGGAUUGUAUCCAAGGGUGAUCAGCUGGACAGAGCUGUGCUCCAAAUCAGGUAAGGAAGGACGUCAGCAACAUAGCUAAUCUGGAAGUACUGUUGAGUAUAUGCCCAACAUCUCACUUUUCUCCUACCAGCCCCCUUCCUCACUCGGAUUCUGCAGGAGCUGGAGGUGCCAAUCCUAGACGUUGACAAGUGUGACCAAAUGUACCACAAUGACUCCAGUUCUGAUACUGACACUGUGCCAAAGGGCUACAAGCUGAUCUAUGAUGACAUGAUCUGCGCUGGGUACCCAGAAGGAAAGAAGGACUCCUGCCAGGUAAGAUUUGUGGAACAGGCGAUGGAUCAAGGGCAGAAGAUCCCAUAUUUGUGUAUUUUGAUGGUGGGGUGGGUGGGUUUGUGUGUAAAAGAAUGCUGUUAGUAUGUGUUAUGUUUGCUCUCAGAUCACCCCUCAUUAAGCCAGUCCUUAUUUAUUUAAAGAAUUGAGACCUCAUCCUUUAGCCAAGUAGUAGGACAGUCCCCGCUCUCAGGAUUAGAACCCAAAAGACUUAACACACAAGGAAGAAGGGAUGGGGAGGGUGAAGGGGAACUCUAUCAGAUCUGGGAAGAGAGCAGGAAGACAAUGUUAAGGCCAAGAGGACAGGGCUGCCCAGUUCUUCUUUCAGACAGGCAACUUGAUGGCAGUUGGAAUACUCUUAUUUCUGGCCAGGCUGAGCUGACAUUGCAUUUCUUUCUUCUUUUAAAUCCCAUUUAUUACAUGUGUAACCAAUCCCUUCUUCCAGAAAGUUCAUGCAGGCCUUGCCCCCUUUGUCAGUUUCAUCUGCACAAGACACCUGUCAGUUCAGGGGAGGGAGGAAAGGGAGGCAACUUGCCCAGGGUCAGCCAGGUAAUGCAAUGCUGAGCAGAUCUUUGAACUUGAGUUGCCCUAGAUAAAUCCCAGCACACUAGCUCCACUGCAACACAUUGGCUUUUAUGCUUCAAAUGACACUAUUAUUAAUAAUUUCCACCCCUCCUUUUCAUUUUUUAGGAUUAGUGUGCACUCACCCAUCUUUGUUGUGGUAGGUUUUCAUUACUAAGCUGCAAGACAGGCUGGAGCUGCUCCCCUUACAGUAAUUAAGAAGCAGUAGGUUUUCUGUGCUGCCCUUGCAGGCCCAAGCAAUACAGUAAAGUAGGGAGGGGACAAGUAGCCAACAGCCAAAAGCCAGAUGUUGAGAUAAAUGAAUGCCACAACUUUUUAUUGGUUACAGAGAAAUAAGUUUGGCAUAAAAAUGAGGUAAGGAUCUGUUAACUGCGCAGCUCAAGUGCUGGUCAACGUGCCAUCCAUUUGACAGUGAGGGGUUGCCCUCAGGUGCUGUGGAGGAUGAUAGCCUGUCACUAAUGUUGAAGCAAGAUUCAACUGCAAGUCCAGUUGGUUUCUGUAAUGGAAUGGGCAUAAGGUGUCGCCUUGUCCUUCACCUCAGGUUAAAAAUGUAGUUAGAACUGUAGAGUCAGAAGAGACCUCAAGGGUCAUCAAGUUCCACCUCCUGCAAUGCAGAAGUCUCAACUGAAGCAUCCGUGACAGAUGCCCCUCCAAUCUCUACUUAGAAACCUCCAAGGAAGGAGUCCACAACCUCCCAGAGGGAGACCGUUCCACUGUCAAACAGCUCUUACUGUCAGAAAGUUCUUUUCCUGCUGUCUAAUAGGAAUUUCCAUUCUUGUAACUUGAAGCUAUUGGUUUGAGUCCCAUCCUCUAGAGCAGGAGAAAAGAAGCUUGCUCCCUCUUCCAUGUGGCAGCCCUUUAGAUAUUUGAAAAUGGCUAUCAUAUCUUCUCUCGGUCUCCUCUUCCCCAGGCUAAACAUACUCAGCUCCUUCAACCAUUCCUCAUAAGGCUCCUCAUAUGUGCAGCCCUGGCUUAACAUAUUUGAAUGCUCGAUUUUCUUCACUUGAGUGUCCCCAUUUCCUAAUGACUUUCUCCUUCCAGGGUGACUCUGGGGGGCCUCUGUCCUGCAAGCUGAAUGACACUUGGUUCCUGGCUGGAGUGGUGAGCUUUGGGUUGGGUUGUUCGCAGCCCAACCGUCCUGGAGUCCAUACCCGGGUCACCUCCUACAUGGACUGGAUUCAACGCACCAUGGAAAAGAACACCCCCUCCAGUGGUGGUGCCCGUCUCUCAAGUGCCAACCCUGCUCUCCUCUUGACUCUCCUUCUCCUGGGCCCUUUUGCCCUGCUGAGGCACUGCUGUUCCGCUAUCAGCUGGAGGUGCAAUUAAAAAUGGAGGUUCCACACGGCACUUAAUAUCAUAUUAUAUUCUCCCACUUAAACAUUGCAUUGCCUGGGCCCAAAGGCAAGCCCGUAAGGAUACUCACUCACCCCCAUUCAGUACCUGUUCUUAAGAGGACACACUUAAUAUUGCAGCCUGGUAUUGAUUUAUCUAAAUAAUUAAAACCAUCUGCCCUACUCCUUUCCCAUGCAAAACCCGCUCUUUUAACGAUAGAUCAGAACAAAUGGCAAUUUGGGUUAAACAUGAAUUGCUGUUUGCUCCAAUUAAGUACUAAAGAGUGGCUUUACCCAGGAGGAAACUGGGACAAAAGGAAGUGUUGAUAAGCUCUGAGAUGGGAAACAUGUAAAAGCUACACAACACCUAUUUUAGCAUUAUACUCAAUGAUAUUUUUCUAGAAAAAGAGGUGCUGGAACUCACCAUAAACACCUCCCUUGUUCUCUUAUAAUGGCACCCACCUGAGAGGUGCCAAAACUGAGUUCUGUCUGGGGAAAAAAGAGCCCUGAUUAAAACUGCCGGGAGAGUUCUACAGAUCUAGACUGAAGGGCUGGAUAUAAAUUUUAUAAUAAAACAAAUCUACUCCAUUUCCCCCUUGCCACUAUAGUCAUGAAAAUAGGAAAAAAGGGAAGGGUUUGCACCCUAAAAUAAGCUUUUGGGCAGCACAAAUGAACACGAAGCUUUGGUGUCUGUUUGUAUGGGAAUACAUUAUGUAUUAUUAUUAUUAUUAUUAUUAGUAGUAGUAGUAGUAGUAGUCAAUGAUGAUGAUGAUAGCAAGUGAUACAUUUCCACACAACAGACACCCCAGCAUUGUGAUUAAUCCUAUGCUUCUUCUCCAGCUCCUCCAGUGAUGUCCCUUAUGUCAAUCCAUGCAGGCAUAGCUAUGAAUGAAUAAGAAGCAGGGAGAUUUGAGCCCUUAAAUGAGCUUUGAGCCACUAAACAGGUUUGCAAAUUUGUAAGAGGACUGGAAAAUACACUCGCCUACAUGGGACCUGCAACGAAGCCAAAAAGGAAUGAGGAGUGACGGAGCAGGGAUGACUCUUCACUUCUUGUUACACAACAACAGCUGUGCCUGAGUCUAUAAAAGGACUCCUGAAAGUGUCAUCUUCCUUUUAGAAAAAAUGUAUGUUUAUUAAUUGUUGAAAAUAAAACUGUAAAAAGCCAAUGAGAUGUACAAAUAAAAGCCAAUGAUGAUGA